CUUAUUAACCCGCCCAACCUAAAACUCCAUUGGCCCAAAUGAAAAUCUCAUUCCAACCCACCCUCCCAUGUCCUUUCUUCUCCGCCGCCAUCGACCUCUAAUCCUAGCCGUCGCCAUCAAUCAUCGCAAUGGGAUUCAACAACACCAGCGCCAACCCCAUCUUUGUCAGGCCUUCAAGAGUAGCAUCCCAACCCGUCAAUAACAGAGCUGACUACGAGCGGAAGGGUUUGCGAGAAUUUAGCCAGGAAAGUGUCGGCGGGCGCCGCGAAGGUGGACCCGAUGAGGAGAGAGAUGGAGGAGGAUAGGAAGAUGGCGGAGGUGCUGAGGGAAGAGAGAGUCCACGAAAAGGGAAUUGAGGAGCAUUGGGAUAUUGGGUUGGGAGGGAAUGAGGAGGAAAAAGGGAACAACGGUGAAGCUCCUCCAACACCCCUGGCAGUGAUGGGUGCUUUCCAAGUGGUUGCCGAGGAUUUGCCGGGUAAAUGUAAGAAGCUGAUUAUCGGCGGUGAGAAGUGGUGGUGGGAUGACGUUGGUCGAGGCUGAUAGGACAGGGGAAUCGCUGGUGGCAGUGGGGUUGGGACGAUUGAGAAUCCACAACUACAGUGAGGAAUCAAAGGUUUCGGGUUGGGUUAGGGGUUGAAAUUGUAAAAUAUUAUUUUCAUUUUUAAUUGCCACAUCACUCAUUUAACGGUCAACUCUUAAAGUUGACUGUCACAUCAGCUAAACUUAAUGGAGAGUGACCAAACGUGAAACGUUUAACCACUUUUAAUGACCACAAAUGGAAUAAAAUACUUUUAAUGAUCAAACCUGAAUUUUUUAAUACGUUUAGUGACCAACCUUACAAUCCCCAAAACACCACCCUGGAGUAGAAGGGGAAUAAGAGAACUCUAUCUUCGUUGCGUGCUCUUCUUCACAAGAGGAGAAAUCUCUAUUAUCUCGACUUUGAGGAAGGGAAAGCCGCAAAAUUGAAGCUAAGGAAAUGGAAGGAAUCAAGGAAUGAUCGAUUGACGGGGGCCGUCUAUGUGGGGAAUCGGAAGAAACGAUGGCGAACAGCAAAACGAGAGAGAUGAGAGGAUGCGACCUUCGUAUGGCGAACAACAAAGAGAGAGAUUGGGUAUGACCUAAUUUUGAUUUUUUAAAUUAGGGCGAUAAUUAUAACAUAGGACAUGAAAGUAAAUUUAAUAUAAUUAGGGCGACGAAUAAGGAUUUUUAGAGCAA